AUGACCCAAUCGUCAACAAUAUUCAGUUUGAAUAAAGAUGACUUAACGGCAAUAUUGAUGACACUCAAACCAUCAUUGAAUGAAGAUCAACUAUCGUCAUUAUCAGUCAUUGAUAUACGAUCACAAAUCACCGAAUGGCUUCUGUUAAAUGGUCUCUCGACAAUGCACAGUUUCGUCAAGAAUGAAGCGGAUAAUGAAUGGAAGGUACCUGAUAAAGUGGAUUGUAUUUCGUGCGGCAAAUAUCGGGUCGGUGCGAAAGGUAAUCGUCGACUCAAAAAAUUACUUCAUUGUAACAUCUCACUCGAGCCGCCAUAUCAUUCUUGCCAUUAUUAG